CACUUCUCCGGCCCGUCUUCUCCGCGCGAGGCUUCUGGGCCCAAUACCCGUCGGGCCAGACUCAUAUGUCAAUUCUGUGAGAAGCCUGGGCACAGUGUGCGCCAGUGCUUCCAACUAUUUCCUCCAAACAGGUCGGCCCACCCUACCAACAGGCCAGCGCCAGCCCAGGCCCAUUUCACCAAUGCCGCCCCAUCUCUGCUGCCUGCUGUUGGCAAUCCAUCUUCUUCCACUCAAUGGCUUAUGGACUCCGCUGCUUCGCACCAUGUUACUGGGGAUCUUGGCAAUCUCUCUCUUUAUUCCGACUACACCGGUCCUGAUGAACUAAUUGUUGGCAAUGGCUCAGGAUCUACGCACGGGGGCGCUGAUGCUGAGAGGGGAAAACAGAGGUGAUGUGUAUGAGCUUCCUCCGCAAUCCGACCCAGUUCGUAUGGCUCUCGUCACCACCCGCACUUCCACCC